GAAAAUUACCUUAUAGCCUUCUAAUCUGAUAGAGAAUAGUUUGGAUCCCAAACUCAAAUGUCGCCACUAGCCAUCGCGGAUAUUUUCGUUGUCUCGGGUUGAGGGCGAUAUUGACCGUGUAAGGUGGAAAAAUAUUGAUUGAGGUUAGAUCAGAUGUUGAAAGCCUAGCUGUCACGAUAUUGAAGACACUUAUUGUCAAUCCGGUUGAUCGUGUAAGGUGCCCAAUAUAAUAAACAAAUUUGUUUACAAAUAUAGAUCCCAUUCAAGCAACACUAAAACAUUCGUUGGUAAAACUGCAGUCUCGCGCUUGCAUUCGUCAGCUAACAUGUUGAUUUCAACUUAUCAUAUAACCCCUUACUAUCGAUAAAUAUCUACAGUGAGUAACCGAAACACAACACUGAGAUCUGCAACAAGUGGUUAAUGUGUGUAAUACAGGUCAACAAAUAUGAACACUAUCGUCCCGUUAUUCUUAGUGUAUCUCGCUUGAUUAACGAGCCAACAAUUCCAGUGUCGGUUCUGAGCCAAUACAUAGUCCUACAGUACUUUCAAAAUGUGGCCCAUCCAAACAUCAGCUGAUGCAGCCGUUUGUAUUGUUUUGUAUAUUGCAUGCCUGCUUUACUCGUUCUAUAAAAACUACGAAAUCAGUGAUGAUAGACUCCAGAACUAUUACUACCUCGAGGAAGGAUGGUCUGUAUUCAAAGGACGUCGUCGUGAUGAUUACGACUGGGAAUGGGAAAUAUACAAAAAAUACGCUAUUAGCAACGCGGUGAUUUUCCUCAUCCAUGGAGUUAUAUUCGAAGCUAUCAGGAUCCUGCGAGUGAAACGCAUUUCUCUUAUAUUGGCCACAUUCGGUGGGGUGGCUAUACUUCACAUCUAUGGAUAUAAAGUUCUUUUUAUUCUUCUUUUUCAAAAUUUAACAUUUUUCGCGCUCAACUAUUGGUUAACCAGCAUAACCUUACUGUGGGUUAAAGCUUUUUUAUGGAUAGCACUGAUUAAUAGUAUUAAAAUUCUAUUCUUUUAUGAUAAGCUCAAUGUUCUACUCGACAUUGAUAACGAUAAACUUUUAGAAUUUAGUAUCAUAAUAUCAUGGAACGUUAUAAAAUGUACAUGUUUCUGUUUAGAGCGAAGCAAUACGAAAGCAAACACCAAAGACUUUCGAUUGAUAGACAUGCUGGGAUAUUCGUUUUAUUUUCCUCUUCUACUAUAUGGCCCGGUGAUUAUUUACGAUCGCUUCAAGGAGUGCCACAAAAUAAGUGGACCAUUUGAGAAUACAAAUAGAAUUUGUCGACUGAAAAAGUUGGUUAUACGACUGCUUAUUUGCUACUUUUGGGCACUGGUUAUGGAAGCUGGACAGCAUUUCUUCUACAUUAAUAUUAUCCAACUGGAUGUGGAGCUAUUGCAGCGUGUUAACCUUUGGGUACUGUAUGGAUUAGGUUAUCUUAUGGGCCAAUUCUUCUACGUAAAAUAUGUUGUGUUCUAUGGCAUUGGAAUAGCUUUCGGAAGCUUCGAUGGAGUUGAGAUGCCACAGAAACCCAUUUGUAUCGGCAGGGUUCAUCUUUAUUCCGAUAUGUGGAAAUAUUUUGAUCGUGGAUUAUAUGAGUUUUUGUUCAAAUAUAUUUAUACCCAACUGUGUACCAAAACUUCAUCUCACACGCGUAAAGUGCUGGCAAGCUCAAUUACAUUCAUAUUCAUCUACAUUUGGCACGGCUUGUAUACGUUCAUAUUAAUUUGGUCUGCAUUGAACUGGAUAUGUAUCGUGCUGGAAGGUUUUGUUAAGAACAUCUUUGGAAGCAACACCCGUCUUAACGCUUUGGUUGGGACACACGUCUUCAUCUUAUCAGUGCUAUCAAACUUCUUUUUCUUUGCGCGGGAGGAGGUGGGUUAUAUUUACAUCGAGAGAACCUACUUCGAAAGUUUGAACAACUAUUUGGCUCUGUACGUAGUUGCUUAUUGCUUCUACACCACUGGAGCAUGGUUUAGGUCCGUAGAAAGUCAAUAUGGAGGUCCAACAAGGAAAACACUUAAAGAUUAAAAUCAUUUUUUAUG